AUGCUACCUUCACGAAAUAUCUUGUUCUUCACCAACAGCGAGCUAGGUCAAGCUAACGUAGCUCUCGCAGUGGCAGAGGAAUUCCUCCACCGCAAUGAAUUCUCCGUCCACAUCGCCUCCUACAGCCAGCUAGCACCCCUGGUAAAUGAACUAUGCAAACGGAGUCCCCAGCCAGCGAAAUUCCACGAAAUACACGGGCCAUGCAUGGAAGACCUUGCGAUUCGUACACAUGUCGGCCUCAUACACCAUAAACCAGGGAUAAUGGGCACAGUGGAAGGCUUCCAAAAAGUCCGUGCGGUAAUGUCUAGCUGGACAUUUUCAGAAUACGGAAAAGCAUACCGAAGCUGUAUCGAUAUAUUGAAUGAGUUUAAUCCUGCCGUGGUGGUUGUUGAUCCGAUACUGCAUGUGGGUUUGAAUGCAUGCCAGAGCGUUGGAUCAUCUCGUGUUGUUAUUCUGUGGCCAGUUCCACUCAAGGACGUCGUGAUCCUGAACCAGCCUAACGCAGGAUUCUUAUGGAAGUAUCCCAUGACUGGAUCGGGGUAUUCGUAUCCACUGCCGUGGACAUUGAUACUUCCGAAUAUGUAUCUCGUGCUUCGUGCAGCGAUGGCUAUGACCACGAGAAGCCUUUCGUCGGAGACAGAUGAAUUAGGAACAGAUCCCCAAGGAAUGAGUCCGUUUCCUUUGACCAAUGCUUAUCAUAAGGACUCACUGCAUUUAACACCAGCAUUUCGGGAAAUGGAUUUCCCCUUGCAUGUACCAGAUAAUGUCGUUAGUUGUGGGCCGAUCCUCCGGUUUCGAGGUCAUCAGUCUCUUUUGGAAAAGGAUCCUGAGAUGGCAGCAUGGCUCACAAAGCCGACUAUCCUCAUCAGUCUUGGAUCUCAUGUGAAGCCCACCGAAGAUGUUGCUAUUCAAAUGGCACAGGCACUCCAGAGUGUACUCGAAAAUCACACUGACCAUCAAGCAUUAUGGAAACUACGAUACGACUGGAAGAUCUCAGACGCUUUUCAAAGGGUUCUUGGGACAUUCAUUGAUGCAGGGUCUGUGAGGAUAGUGCCUUGGAUACAGUCGGAUAUCAUUGAUGUUCUCGAAACCGGUAAAAUCACGGUGUAUGUUCAUCACGGAGGCGCAAAUUCAUACUUUGAAGCAUGCAAAGUGGGCGCCCCGCAAGUCAUUCUUCCGCAGUGGCUCGACACAUACGACUGUGCCACGAGAGUCGAGUGGCUAGGUAUAGGACUCCACGGAAGUCGGAAGGCAGCCCCCGGGAUUGACGCAGAGGAGUUUUCUCAAGCGCUAGAGACAGUAUUGCACGACAAGAGUAUCCAUGCCAAAGCGGCUGCUAUGCGAGAUAUUUGCAAGACGGAGGGACGGGUUCUGGCGCACGAUAGGAUCGCGAAUUUCGCUCAUUGA